AUGAAAUACACAAAUCUAUUAUUUAUUUUAUUGGUUAUAUCAUUUUAUCAAUCUACAAAGGUAGAGGCUAAAAUUCCUAGUACUUUUACAAUCAUCAGAAAUGCCGUUGUUGCAGGAUUAACCGCUGGAGCACCAGAAAUUUUUGAAGAUUUUCCACCACCUUUGGCAGGUCAAAUUGUAAAUUCUUUGUUCCCGAAUCAAGCCGAUCCUCAAGCAGUGUGGAACAGUAUCCUAGUGUAUGCUCAGGCUAUAAUAGAUCAAAGAAUAGACACUGAAACAUACUCUUUAGUUCAAUCAGAAUUACUUGGAUUCUCUCAAUUAAUGGAUGAAUAUUACUUUGCUGCAAUGUCCGAUCCAUAUGCAACACCAAAGUACAUAAGUUCCGUUUACAUUUCAUGUGUUACUCAAGUGAUUCGUCAAGAACAACUUUUCAAAACACAACAAUUCCAAGCAACACUCUUGCCUUUGUUUGCUCAGUUUGCAAAUUUAUAUUUAACAUUCAUUCGUGAUGGUGUAAAUUAUGGAAAUCAAUUAGGAUGGAGUCAAUCUGUUAAAACUAAAUAUGAUAGUUUGAUGAAAUCAAAGAUUAUCAGUUAUGCCGAUUAUUCAAAUUCAGUUAUCAAUACCCGUAUUCAAUCAUUACCAUAUGAAUAUACCACUAAAUAUCCAGCUUCCAAAUGGAAUCAGAUUUCAGAUGAACUCAAUCAUUUCUAUAUGUCAGUAACAUUGUUUUCAUACAAUUGGAAAUACUUUGAUGUCAAGUUAUAUCCUACUGGUGGUUCGAUUGGUCCAGUUUCACAUAUUCUUUUAUCAAAUCUUGCUGGAGAUAUCAAUGGUGACUGUCAAUACUCAUAUUGUAUUAAAUUGAAUCGACCUGAAACAGUUGCAUCUCAAGUAUCAACCACAAGAAUGAUGUCAAAAAUCACAGCAUACAUCAUAAAUGUCAACAUUAAAGUGAUUAACGGACUUUUCAUUGAAUACAAUGAUGGAUCAUCAAAAGUGAUUGGUGAUAUAUCAGGAACACAACAAAUUUUAGUUCUCAGACAAGUUCCAAUUGUUGCAGUGACCAUCUAUACAAAUACUAGGUAUACAUGUGGAAUAUUUUUCACUUUUUAUGAUUCAACUACUCCAGUUUCAAUUGGACAAGUAGGAGACAAAAAAUAUGAUUCAUCAUAUCCUGGUCAAUGUGUUGUUGAUAUUGUUGAAACUGGAUUAAGACAAACAAACUCUGUAGGUGCUCUAGCAAUUGCCUAUGAUGAUAUUGAUUUCCGCUUCCCAGUCUCUUUGUCACCCAUUGCUGUCUCACAAUAUUAUUAUCAAGAACCGAAUGGAUUUAGAUAUCUUUACAAUCUUCCAAAUAAACCAUCAACUGAUUUUGCAAUCAAUAUUGGGCCAACAAGUCAAGUCAAUAUUCCAAACCUUAGUGCUUAUGAUUUUGGAACCAUUGAUUUCUCAGCAACAUCGCUUGUACAAACAACAGUACCAGGAACAAUCAUGUCAAAUAAACCUGAUCUUGCAGGUAAUAACAAUGGUGGAUGGAGAAUUGUCAUCAAUACAAGUGGUGUCAUUGUUUUCAUAAUUGAUAACGGUCUCAAUUCGUACAGAACAAUAACAUCAUCAACACAAAUUCUUGAUGGAAAUUGGCAUCAUAUUGCUGUUGUUAGAAGAUCUGGUUCAUUGGAAAUUUGGUUGGAUGCUGUUAAACUCACAACAACAUCAUCUGGUUCAAAUUUGAGUGCAAAAUCAACCAAAGCUUUAUUGAUUGGCGCAAAUUAUUAUCCAAAUGAACCACACUUUGUUGGAGCAAUCGAUGAUGUCACAUUAUGGAAUGUUGCAAUCUCUCAAACACAAAUAUCGAAUUUAAAGAAUAAAAAUAUUGUUGGAAAUGAACCAGGAUUGGUUGGAUAUUAUCCAUUUGAUAAUAAUCUCAAUGAUAAGAGUUCAAAUCUUAAUAUUGGUUCUUCAACUGGAACGGUAAAUUAUGUUCCAAGUACUUUAAUAUCAAACAUGGGAUGGGUAUUUGGAGGAUAUUCAUUCAAAGCAUUCCAAGUUCCAUGGUCUGUCAUUAUUGAUCCAACAACUGUAGUUGUUGAUAGGCCAAUUGUUUAUCGAUUCAAAUUCACUCAAUCAAAUGCUGAUAGAUUCUAUUAUACAACCGAUAGUUCAUUCACUUCAAGUGGUUGGGUGUAUGAUGGUGUUGCUUUCCAAGUUUAUGGAUCAAAUAUUAAAAUUACUUCCACCAAACCAGUUUACAGAUACUCAAGAGCAUUUGGAUCGGGAUUAGUUUAUGGAUAUUCAAUUGUUCCAGAUAUCGCAGGUUGGACAAAUGAAGGUAUUGCUUGGUAUACAACAAGUGAUUCAACACCACUUCCAAUUGUUUAA